AUGCAUGUUUCCAACCUAAAAAUUGUUGACAACUCAAUUACAUAUUCUCACUUGUGUUAAAAUAAUUAUAAAAUCUAUAAAAAUAUCUACAUGUAUAUAAAAGAAAUACACUUAUAACAAUCAUCUAUGCGAAGUAUGUAAUUAAAACAAUACCUGGGGAUCGAUCAAAGUAGGGACAUUAAUAAUUAGAAAAUGUUUACAAAAUUAAAAAACGUCCUGUCGGGCCCCGAUUCAGAACAGCCUCCAAAACAACCAACAACUAAAGAAACGGCUAAGUACCCUUAUUCUAGACCUCAUUUCUUGCAAUUAAAUGAGGAUGAAAUACAAGCUUCAAUAGAUCAUCGCUUAAGACCUAUCAUAAGCCCCAGCAGAAAAUUAGCCAACUUUUCUGGGUAUGCAGAAUGUAUAAAUGGGGGUAAAAGCAAAUAUAAUGAGGAUCAAGCUGUUACACACCAAGCUGUCUUAGCAUCUGGACAUGUUAAGAUACCCUAUACUUAUUUUGCUUUAUUUGAUGGACAUGCUGGGGUUGGAGCAGCUAUUUGUGCAGCUAAUCAACUACAUCAUGUUUUACAUCAAAGAUUAGUUGAUGCUCAAGAUGAUUUGUGGAUACGAUUUUUAGAAAAUGAAAAAGGUAAUAGUAGGCACGAAUUGGUUAUUGGAGCUUUAGAAAUGGCUUUUUCUACAAUGGAUGAUAUAAUCAAAGAUGAACUGAUUAGGAAACAAAGUAAUGGUGGGUGUACAGCAAUUGUAGCAAUAUCCAUACUGGGUAGUGUAUAUGUAGCAAAUGCUGGUGAUUCUCGAGCGAUAAUUUGCUCAGGAAAUAAUUAUAAACCACUUUCUAAUGAUUUUACUCCAGAAACUGAAAAAGAACGUAUUCAACAAUUAGCUCAAAUGAAACCCCACUUAUUAGGCAAAUAUUAUACGUUUAUUGAAUAUAUAAGGCAACCAAAAAUGAAAGAUCUUGGAAAGCGUAUUUUAUUUAGAGACGCUUUUAUGAAAGGUUGGUCUUAUAAAACUAUUGUUCAGGAAGAUUUAAAACCAUCGUUAAUUACCGGACAAGGAAAACGAAGUCGUGUAAUGGGAACAAUCGGUGUAACACGAGGUUUUGGAGAUCAUGAUUUGGUAUCAGUGUAUCAACGCAUCCCGAUAAAACCAUUUUUAAGUUGUCAUCCGGAAGUUCAAGUACUCGAUUUGUCGACAACAAAACCACAAGACGUUUUAGUAAUGGGAACGGAUGGUUUAUGGGAUGUUCUCGAUGGUAAUGGUGUUUCAAAAAUUAUAACCGACGUAAUGGAAAUUUUCGAUGGUAGAGAAUUAUACGUUAGCGCUGCCACGUGUUUAGUGGGCGCUGCACGUGGUACUCUUAAAGAACAUCAAUGGUUAAUGAAAAGCGGGAAAUGCGCGUCAGUUGAUGAUAUUUCGGUUUUUGUAAUUCCAUUGUAUUCGUUAGCAACGGAUCACGUAAAAAUGAAAGAUUCGUUAGAUUUAGAUGCUUUAAGGUUGGAAUACGGGGUUUUAAAACAAGAAAACCCGCCGGUUGAGAUAAUAAAUAAACAAGAUUACGUAGCUAGUAUAGUAAAAAAAAUUAAAUCAACUCAGAAUAAUGAUAAUAACCAAGAAAAUGAAUCCGACAUGUGCAUUGUUACCGCAAACGUUGAUUGGAAUGAUAAACAGCUCAAUUUCGAUGUAACAGGAAACCUUCCCUCAAAUAACGAACAAUUUUUAUUGAUUAACAUCAACUCGAUAGACGACGUACAAUUUUCUAAUCAAAAGGAGGAAGUCAAAAAAGUUAAAAGGAUCCGCACCCGCUCAUUUCCAAGUUCCGAUCUAACUAAUAUUCAACAUAAUAGCGAAAUCAAUCCUAGCAAUACUGAGGAAUUAGAUAAAAUGGUUUAUAUGAUUAACUUAAAAACUAAACGCGAAGCUGAUUCAAAAUAAAUUGAAUUUAAAUACAAAAUAAGUAAUAAAUAAAAAAAGAUGGAACACACUUGAAUGUUUUGUGUUUCAUUUUAUGUUGUAAACAAAGGCUGUUGAAGAUGGGUAUUUAUUAAUCUUUAGUGUUAAUAAGAAUUUCUUUUUAGUUAUUUUUUAAAUAUUUAAGCAAUUCUUUUUCUGUUAUUUUGGUAAUUUUAUUUUGCAAAAUUUAAAAUGUAAUUCACAUUCCGAGCACUUUUACGUAUUUUCUAUAGAUAGUUUGUUUUAUUUUUUGGAUUCUCUUCCGUAUCAACUUUUUGUACUUAUUCAUUUUGUUAUUUAUUUAAAUAUAAAUG